AUGACAGGCGGUGGAUGGCUGGUUAUCCAAAGACGACUAGAUGGGUCGGAAGAUUUCUAUAGAGAUUGGACAGACUAUAAGAAAGGAUUUGGAAGCGUUUCGGGAGAAUACUGGCUUGGUAACGACAACAUCUUUAAUUUGUUGAAUGGAAAGUCGUAUAGUUUGAGAUUUGACAUAGAAAACGUGAAUGGAGAAUGGCGCUACGCCCAAUACGAUACUUUCAAAAUAGCAGACGAGUCUGACGAUUAUAGAUUAACAUUAGCUGGGUACAACGGAACAGCUGUUGCUAUAAACCCAAUAUGCCAUGGAACAUCAGAUAUUAAAAGGAAUAUGAAAUUUAUAUUAGAAAAGGAAGAGACAAUUGUUUCAAGUGAUUCAACCAUUACAACUCGUAAAGCAGAUUCUGUUAUACAAUGCACCAUGUUGUGUACUAGUGAACAGGAGUGUGAGACCGCAAGCUAUGAUCGUACAACAGAACAAUGCAGGUUGGAUUCCAACAGUAACCCACAGACAAAAACGAUUAAAACUGGAAUUCUUGUCUUUAAAAAUCACGAACCAACGGACUGCUCCAAAAUGCCCAACGGAAGUAUCAACGGCGUCUACAAGAUUUUUGUAAACAAUGUUAACAGAUAUCUUGAUGUAUAUUGUGAUAUGACAGCCGGUGGAUGGACGGUGAUUCAAAGACGACAAGAUGGUUCAGUAGAUUUUUAUAGAGACUGGUUACACUACAAGAAAGGAUUUGGCAACGUUUCUGGAGAAUACUGGCUAGUAUACCCAAUAUGCCAUGGAACAUCAGAUAUCAACAAUAAAAUGAAAUUUAUAUUAGAAAAGGAAGAGGGAAUUGUUUCAAGUGAUUCAACAAUUACAACUUUUAAAACAGAUUCUAUUAUACUAUGUACCUUUUUGUGUAUGAGCGAAAAGGAGUGUGAGACCGCAAGCUAUGAUCUUAUCACAGGACAGUGUAAAUUGGAUUCCGACUGUAACCCAAAGACAGAAAAAAUAGAAACUGGAAUUCUCGUCGUCAAGAAUCAAGAACCAACUGACUGCUCCAAAAUGCCCAUGGGAAGUAUCAACGGCGUCUACAAGAUUUUUACAAACAACAGAUGUAUAAAUGUGUAUUGCGAUAUGACAGACGAUGGAUGGACGGUGAUCCAAAGACGACAAGAUGGGUCAGUAGAUUUUUAUAGAGACUGGUUAGACUACAAGAAAGGAUUUGGCACCGUUUCUGGAGAAUACUGGCUAGGUAACGACAACAUCUUUAAUAUCUUGAAUGGAAAGUCGUAUAGUUUGAGAUUUGACUUAGAGAGGGGUUCUGGAGAGCGGAGCUAUGCUCAGUACGAGACAUUCAAAAUAGCAGACGAAUCUGACAAUUAUAGAUUAACAUUAGCUGGGUAUAGAGGAACAGCUGGGGAUGCCGUGAUGGACAUCUUCUCUCAAUUAUCCGGUCAACCAUUUUCAACCAAAGAUCGUGAUAAUGACAACUGGUCCGGUGGGCAAUGCACUUACUAUAUGAAAGCUGGAUGGUGGUAUGCUAAAGAAGCAUGGACUAAUUAUCGGUGCACCUUUGUCAAUCCAAAUGGAAAGUACAAUGGUGGAAUUGAAGAAGAAAGUGUCUACUGGUAUCCAUGGACAUUUUCAAACGAAGGUAUGAAAUCUGUCACAAUGAAGAUUAAACAUUCUUGA